GCUGCUAGUGCUGCUUGGAACAUGGGUGAAUGCGAUCAGAUGGCAGAGUAUGUUUGCCGAUUGGAUGAUGGAGAUGAAAACAAGCUUGGAGUUUUGGGUAAUACUGCUGGUACAGUGGAUGGGAGCAGUAUUGGGACCUUCUUCAGGGCUGUCUUAUUAGUUCGUAGGGGGAAGUAUGAUGAGGCACGUGAAUAUGUUGAAAGAGCAAGCAAAUGCUUGUGUACAGAAGUGGCUGCCUUGGUUCUUGAAAGCUAUGAACGUGCAUACAGAAAUAUGGUCCGCUUUCAGCAGCUAUCAGAAUUGGAGGAGGUCAUUGAUUACUGUACACUUCCGGCUGAAAUCCCUGUUUCUGAAGGGCGUAGGGCACUCAUCCGCAAUCUGUGGAGAGAACGAAUAAGAGGCGCAAAACGAAAAGUUGAGGUUUGGCAAGCCCUUUUGUCUGUCAGGUCACAAGUGCUUCCACCUACAGAAGAUGUAGAGACAUGGAUAAAGUUCGCCUCUCUUUGCCGUAAAAGUGGUAGAAUCAGCCAAGCUAGAUCGACUUUGACUGAACUAUUACAG